AUGUCUGAGGUCCACGGGUUCAGCGACCCAUCUUUCGAGCCUGUUCGGGAGACCCUGCGCCAAAGGAUCGCCUCAGAAAACGAACUAGGCGCAUCCAUCUGCGUCAACAUCGCCGGCAAAACUGUCCUCGACAUCUGGGGCGGCCACGCCGACCUCGCCAAAACCCGCUUAUGGGAGAAAGACACCAUCGGCCCCGUCUGGUCCUGCUCGAAGGUGGUCACCAACCUAGCCGCCCUCCUCCUCAUCGACAGAGGCCUCCUGGACCCCGCCGCCCCCGUCGCAAACCACUCGUCCGGCCUGGCCGCCUGGGAGACCCCCUUCACCAAGGAAGACCUGUUGGACCUGGAGGCGUCCACCGCGCGACUCGCAGCACAGGCCCCCUGGUGGACCCCGGGCUCCCAGAGCGGGUACCACCUCUUGACCCAGGGCCAUCUGGUCGGCGAGAUUAUCCGGCGCGUGACAGGGAAGGGGCUGCAGCAGUUUGUUGCGGAGGAGCUGGCGGGCCCGCUGGGCGCGGACUUCCAUUACGGGGUGCCCGAGGAGCUGUGGCCGCGCACAGCGGAGCUGAUCAAGCCGGCGGCGCUGCAGUUGCCGAUGGAUGAUCCGGACAGUGUUUCUGCGAAGACGCUGCGCGGGACACCGGUGGGUCUGAGCACGACAGGCCCGGGGUUCCGGGGUGCUGUGAUUGGGGCGGGUAAUGGGUUCUCGAAUGCGCGGGCGUUGGCGCGGAUCGGGUCGAUUGUUUCCCUGGAUGGGGUGGUGGAUGGGGAUAGGCCGUUCUUGACGGUUGGGGCGGUGGAGAAGCUCCAGGAGGAGCAGGUUGCAGGGCAUGAUCUCGUUGUAUCUGCUUUUGUUCGGUUUGGGCUUGGCGUCGCGCUUUCUGAUAAGAGGACGAUCGAGUGGAUUCCCGAGGGGAGGAUUGUGUACUGGGGAGGAUGGGGAGGCUCGAUCUUGAUUAUGGAUCGUGACCGGAAGAUGACGAUCAGUUAUACUAUGAACAAGAUGUCGUCUGCGGGGCUCCUUGGAAAUGAAAAUACCGAGAUCUAUGUAAAGCAGAUUUACGAGAUCGUGGAAGCACUUGCGUGA